ACGAUUUAAAGGGGCAUUCAAGUCGAAAUAUCAAUAGGCAUUCAAAGUGUAAGACUUAUGGUAUUCGGCCAAAACUAAUUGAACAAAACAAGGUCCGGUGCACUCGUACUCUAUAAGCCUCUUAUAUUCACCUCUGUGGACCGGUUAUCCAGUGUUUUCGGAACAGUUUCCAAAAUGGCGUUCUCUCUGCAAGUUAUGCUCUUCUUCGUUGUUUUAGGAACAGCAUCUAUUAGAGGUUGUUUCCCUAGCAGUACACCCGGAGUUGGUGGGGGAGAGGUCGUGAUGCCAGAUGGCGAGAAAAUGAGCGAAAAGGACAUGGAUAAGACCUAUUUGUUUGCGGUAGAAGGGAACUGGUUCCCGUAUUCGUCUGUGGACAAAUACACUGGCAAAGCAGUUGGUAUGAUGUACGAAAUGAUAAAAGAUGUAUGUCACAUGUGUGACAUGAAAUGUGACACUGUCUUCCUUGGGGACAAUGCCGAGCGGUGCUAUGAUGCCAGUGACAUGUCAUCUCGAGGUUUGAAUGAUCGUCACUUCGAUGCUUGUGUUGGGUGGGGACGGACUAUUUCAAGGAUGAAUACAUUGAAUUUUACGAGGCCCUUCAUGACAGCUACUAUGGCAGCGUUGUACGCGCAUCCCGACUCUGGAAUCACUACGGUGGCCGAUAUCUUUCCAGCAAGUGUGGGGUUCAGAGCCGCAUAUUAUAUGGACGCGUUAUGUGCUCGGCGUAAUGCUUUCUUUGGUUCGGACACAUUAGAUCCAUCCAGUGUAGUCUACGUUGACGGAGACUGGACGACCGUCCUGGAGAAGCUUACCAACAGAGAGUUUGACGUGGCCCUCCUACCCGAAGGACGUGAUGGAACAGAUGGAUUGGUAAAAAUUACUGACUCGUUCGACUGCACACAUGGUGGAUUGGCAAUGAUGACCAGGAAGGACGUUGAUAUGUCGUGGUGGGACAAAUGCUUCAUGGACUACGCCAUGAGUGGAAUGCAGGAACAGCUAUGUAUGAACUAUGAUACAAAGAGGUGCAUAUUGAUGUAAGAAGCGAAAGAAGAAAUGCGUCACGAUAUAAAAAAAGCAUUGAAACUACUGACUCAAGAUAAAAAAGGUGAAUUCUACGUGAGGUUCGCCUCCAUUCCCCAUACGAAACAAUGGUGUUAUAUUCCAGAGGAUGGAAAAAUUACUGAAAAGGGCAACCGGGACGUUAUCUGGCGAAUUUCAUAACGUCUUAGUUGCAUUGUGUUAACGUCCAAUAACGACCCGGUUGCUGAAGUGGUGAAUUCUUACUCGAUUAAUGGAGCUGCUGGAUAUAUAUUUCCUCGUAACUGACUACAACUUUUCAGUAACCGGAUCCGAUGGAAGAAUUGACAUACUGGUGAAAUAUUUGGAUACAAAUUGACCUUGAGCUUGGUGAAAAUGAUGAAAAUAACAAUUUCCUCCGACGUUUAUACGUCUUUAUAACAGGUGUAAAAGGGUAGGAAGUUCUAUCAAAUUAUGGUCCUACUCUCCAUUGAUUUAUGUGGUGACCUAAAUACAACUCUU